AUAUGGCACAGUGUAUAAGUUGAGUUUCAUUUUUAAGACCCAAAAAUUGGACUUCAAAACCUGACUUAUACACAACGAAAUAUGGUAUGUUUUAGUAGUGGCUGAUUAUUUUUCCAAGUGGGCAGAAGCAUACCCUCUCUCUGAUCAGGAGGCUAAGACUGUGGUGAAGGUAUUUGUUGAGAGAUUUGUGUGCUACCAGGUACGUCUACAUGAGAUGCUAUGUUGCCAUAGUGAUGAACUACAGUGACGCAGCUCAUUACUAGGGAGAUGUAGUGUGAGCAGGCACGAACCGUGAUGCUGACGCUGCUGUUCAGUAGCAAUGAGCUACUUCUUAGUAGCUUGUUGCUACUAUGUAGUAGGGUUGGAAAUGACUCGUGUGCCAUCAGGACUGUGCAGUAAUGAUGGUUAGUACUAAAGCAAGUACUAAAUGAUUGCAGUAAAGACUGCACAGUUGGGGGCAUGUGUAGACACACCCACCAUGGUGUACCUAGAUCCCUACACACUGACCAGGGAAGAAAUUUUGAAUCUCAACUGUUUCAUCAUGUAUGUGACCUUUUGGAAAUCAGCAAAACCUGCACCAUGCUGUAUGACCCCCAAUCUCAUGGAUUAGUGGACAAUUCAACUGCACUCUGGUUGACAUGCUGUCCUCCCUGAUCAAAGACAAUCAAGAGUGGGAUGAGUUACUCCCUUAUGUCAUGAUAGCUUACUGGAGCAGAGUGCAGUCAUCUACGGGAUAUAUACCAUCUAUGGUAUUCUUUGGAUGGGAGAUUUACCUGUCUAUUGUUGUCUCUGAAGUAAAUAUUUCACAAGAAUUUAACAAACCAGCUGAAUAUUUUACAAAGAUGGCUGGCUAUCUAAGUUCAGUUAGCCAAGCUGUUAAGAGACAUCAAGUUGCAGCCACACAAAGCCACUGGCCAGACAGUCCUUGACACAACAUUGGCUGGUUAUUUGCUGUUGUCAAGUGCUUGGAAGGAGCUGAUUGGAAACACAGCAAGGCAGGUGGAGAUGCACAAUAAUUCAGAGCUGGGAACAUAUGAGAACUGUCUUCCUCAUCUUAUAUUUAAAACAAGCUCCUGGAGAUGCCACAAAAGGAGUGCAAUUACCUCCAGGGGCUCAGGAACAUCCUUAGGGAGACUGGUUUGUUGUACAUGACAACCCUGUUCAGCACUGGCAACACGUAGCGGGUGCACAUGGGUGCAUAUGCAACCUCUUAGCAUGGCAUUGCACCUCCUGUAAAAAGGUGCUCCUGACACUGUUGGCGGCGCCUGCAGGCAGUCACCGCUCGUCACUCCCCGCCCUUGCUGCUGCCACCGCCGGCAGUGUCUGCAGGUGGUCAUCAACCACCAGUCAGUGCUCACCACCCUUUCUCCCCACCACCGACAGUGCCGUGGCUGCCUGUGGGUGCUCACCGCUUGCCUCUACCACACUCCUGCCGCUGACAGCACUGCUGCUGCCUGUGGGAGCUCGCUGUGCCCUCCCCAGCCUCUGGGGGCAUGUGAUGUUCGUUCAUGCUGUCCGGCACUGGGAGGUAGGGAAUAUGCAGUGUGCUGCCAUGUCUGCCACUCUAACCUUUCACCCCAGCACUUUGGACUUUGGUUUCCUUUUUCCCUUCAGGAUGGGAGCCAUGAAGUUGGUGUUGUCCUUGCUGACUGUGGCUUACCUGCUGCACACAGCUGCCACGCUGAGGAUCAGUGCUUUUAACAUCCGGACGUGUGGAGACACUAAGUUGUCCAAUGAGACCAUUGCAGGAAUUAUUGUCAAUAUAUUGUCAAUGUAUGACCUCAUUACGGUGCAGGAGGUCCGGGACUCUGACCUCAGUGCUGUGAAGAAACUGAUGAACAAGCUCAACAGAAUGUCACCGCAUCUAUACAGCUAUGUGGUCAGCCUGCCCCUGGGGAGAACCUCCUACAAGGAACAGUACCUCUUCAUUUAUAGGACAGGGAUGAUGUCUGUUGUGGACAGUUACUAUUAUGAAGACGGCUGUGAAUCCUGCAUGAAUGACACCUUCAGCAGAGAGCCCUUCAUCGUGAAGUUCUCUUCUCCUCACACAGAGGUGAAGGAAUUUGUGCUGGUGCCUCUGCAUGCGUCCCCCAAUGAGGCUGUUGCAGAGAUUGAUGCCCUCUACGAUGUCUACUUAGAUGUCAUCAGCAAGUGGGCGACAGAUAAUAUUCUCUUCCUGGGAGACUUCAAUGCUGGCUGCUCCUAUGUCAGCCCUGAGGACUGGGCCUCCAUCCGCCUGCGCACCAACAGAGCGUUCCAGUGGCUCAUUCCUGACAGUGCUGACACCACUGUGUCACACACUGUCUGUGCCUAUGACCGGAUUGUUGCAAGUGGCUCUGAGAUGAAAAGCUGUCUGAUUCCUGAGACUGCCCAUGUCAACAACUUCCAAAGGGCUUUCAACCUGCAGUACAAGGAUGCCCUGGCAGUCAGCGACCAUUUCCCUGUGGAGGUGACCCUGAGGUCUUUCUGAGACUUGCUUAUUCCUCUCUCCUUCCAUCUACCAAUGGCUGUGGCUACCAAGAAAACUGCCUCUACCACAUGCAAAUUCUCUGCCAGGCACUGCUACUUGUAGUUGCAACUCCUUCACAUGAACUCCCAGGACUGCAUCUCAGUAUCCAGGACUACAGGCAAACACCUGUCCUCCUGUCAGCCAACAGCAGCUUCUGAUAGUUUCAUGCCUCAUCUAACCCAGCAUUUCUUAACCCAUGGGUCUCAACUCAAAAGUGGGUCACAAGAAUAUAUGAAAGGGUCCUGAAUCAACUUAAAAAAUUGAUUUUCCUUUAAAGGAGAAAAACAUGGGAAACCAUGGCUUCUCCCUUGCAGUCUGGCAGAGUUCCAGCCAAUGAAGGGCUGCUAGGGGCCUCCCCAGGCCCCACACACCCAACCCCUGCCCCACACAUGAGGGGGCAGCAGGUUAGGAGUGAGGGGCACUGGGUUGGGACUGGCUACUGAUGUUUACAAAUGGGUCCUGAUACAAAAAAAGUUGAGAACCUAUUAUAGUCCAUUAGCAUUCCCUGCUGCAUACCUGAAUGAUAGGCACACCUGUUCCUUCAUAUAGCUAGUAAGCUAUUGGGAUUUGCUCUUGGGAUUGCUUGGAGAAAAAUGUUGGAGGCAACGGUGGAGGGGAGGUGAUCUUAUGGUAAUUUUAGAAGUGCCUGGUGAGCUGGUAGAAGCCAACUCAAGAUUUUAUUCUUCAGUCUCAUGGUAGGAUAUUUUCCCCCUUAAAUCAACUCCUGGAGUCAUGUCAUUAAAAUAAUUAGUUUCUAGUCCUUGUGUUUGUGGAGAAAAGUUUGAUGCUGUGACCAUCCAAGGCUCAAACCCAGCAUUUACUGCUCUUAAUAUCUCAUGAUUUUAAACCAGCGUCAUGAUUAGGGGGGCCUGACCUGAAGAGCACUUUGUGCCUGAAAGCUUGACCAAUAUCUUUCCCAGUUGGCCUAA